AUGGUUCCAAACCCAUACGCGCCCCUUUGCACGAAAAGGUAUCUUGUCUUCAUGCAUGAGUUCACAGUCUGGGCCGACGGCUGGAUCACGGAUGGUGGAUCCACUUUUCACGACGCUGUCCAGAGUUGUGGUCUUAUCACUCGAUGGUCUGCCAACCCGACUACUAUCUACACGACAAGCGACUACGUCGUAACCUUUCAACUGCCCUUGCAGGCAGGCUCUUGUGUUUCGAGCGCUAUGUAUCUCUCAGGAGGACCUUGGGUUCCUUUGUUUGGGGCCUGGAAAUUGUGCUUACCUGCCGCAAGCAGCUCACUUAUUGAACAACUACCAUCACUCAGCCCUGAGCCAAAAAUGAACCAAACCACGAGGCGCGUAGCGUUACAUAUCCUCCGCAGACCUCGCAACUCAGUACUUCCAAGAUGUCCAGGAAGAUGGAACUCCACGUUUGAACAGAGAGAAUGGUCCACGCCACUAGCGAAGACAUUGGCCAAUGUUAUGAAGGUAGCUAUGCAGUCUGCUUUACCUCUCACUGCAGUCACUGGUCCCGUACCAAUCGCGGCGUUCAUGCGCCAGGUUUUGACUUCCCCAGAUGGUGGAUAUUAUACGACUCGAGGGGAGAACGGAGGUGUCUUUGGCAAAAAUGGUGAUUUUGUCACGUCGCCUGAGAUCUCGCAGGUCUUUGGAGAGUUGAUUGGUAUAUGGACUAUCGCGGAGUGGAUGGCGCAGGGGCGGACGAGGAGUGGUGUUCAACUGAUAGAGGUUGGCCCGGGAAAAGGAACUUUGAUGGAUGAUAUGCUGCGGACUUUCCGAAACUUCAAGAGCUUUUCUUCAAGUGUUGAGGCUAUUUAUCUUGUCGAAGCUAGCGGAACUCUCAGAGAAGUGCAGAAGCGGCUGCUGUGCGGCGAGGAGGCUGUGAUGGAGGAGACAGACAUUGGACACCGGAGUGUGUGCAAGUACUUUGAUGUACCUGUCGUCUGGGUGGAGGAUAUUCGUCUUCUGCCGCAUGACGUCGAUGAUGCAGAGGAAGGCAAGACACCCUUCAUCUUCGCACAUGAAUUCUUCGACGCGCUUCCAAUCCAUGCAUUUGAAUCUGUUCCGCCAUCUCCAGAGAAUCAGCAGGCCAAUGAGCCACGAAAAAUCAUGACUCCCACAGGUCCAGUAGAACUACAUAAUCCGCCCAAGCACGCGAACACCCCGCAAUGGCGUGAGUUAAUGGUGACAUUAAAUCCAAAAGCCGUCGAAGAGAACAUAGAAGGAGAGCCUGAGUUCCAAUUGACCAAAGCCAAAGCUUCCACGCCGUCAUCGCUAGUGAUCCCGGAGAUCUCUCAGCGUUAUCGGGCACUCAAAUCGCAGCCAGGUUCGACCAUCGAGAUCAGCCCUGAAAGCAGAAUUUAUGCCGCAGACUUUGCGCGCCGUAUUGGUGGUGCCUCUGCUUCUGCACUUGCUGCUAAAAAGUCCUCAGCUUCUAGCCCACUGCCGUCAUCGCAGAAGAAGACUCCAUCUGGCGCAGCCCUGAUCAUGGACUACGGAACAUUGUCAACCAUCCCCAUCAACUCACUGCGCGGAAUCAAAAACCACGAGAAAGUGGCACCACUCUCAGAACCGGGGCGAGUGGAUGUCAGUGCAGAUGUGGAUUUCACUUCGCUGGCCGAAGCCGCCAUCGAAGGCAGCGAUGGCGUCGAGGUCCACGGUCCUGUUGAACAGGGUGAUUUCCUUGGGGCCAUGGGUAUUGAGGAGCGCAUGCAGCAGCUGCUCCGUAAGGUGCAAGAUGAAGAGCAUAGAAAGACACUGGAGACCGGCUGGAAGCGAUUGGUUGAGAAGAGCGGCGGGUCAAUGGGACAGAUCUACAAGGUCAUGGCCAUUGUACCUGAAAAUGGAGGACAGAGACGGCCUGUUGGGUUUGGAGGCGGCAUUCAAAUGUAG